GAGCGUAGUCACGUGGUAGAAGAAUUCACACCAACUCAAGGAUUGAAAGGAUUCUUAUCUAAGUAUGUCGACGAAACGGCCGUGUAUCGUAGACGCUCCCAAUCCGAGGAUGAUAAUCCUCCUUCCCCGAUAACUAUGGAAGAUCCCCAUGGUGGCCCCGCUUCGGUAGGAUCUUCGUUCCUCGGUGGAGGAGGUGGGGGUGGUGGUAUGCGUGGUCCACAAAGUCCCCGAGACCCCGGCCUUCGCUUUGCUGCACCUCUAACGCCACCUUCAGGAUCCAAUCCUCACACACCUGCUUCACCACAUCCACAGGGCAUGCAAUCGAGCAACCAGAACCAUCCCAAUUUUAACAUGACGUCACCUCCUGCUCAGCACAUGCCGCAUCCAUCACCCAGUGGAGGCCUGAUGCCAUCGUCUCCCUUGAACCCUCAGCCAAGUCCAAUGGCCGCUCAUUCUCCCGGACCCAGCAAUAUGCCGUACAUGUCCUCUGGCCAUACCGAUGGCAGCCCCUUCACCGCACUGUCUCCAGCAGCUUCCAAUUGGCCGGGAUCGCCUGGCAUGCCGAGACCAUCACCUCGUCCAGGGCAAAGUCCGGACCAUAAGGCACAAACACCGCACCACAAUACCUCCCGGGUAUUACCGGCUAGAUCCUGGGCUGGGGCAAUCCCUACCUUGCUGACCCACGAAGCCCUAGAUACGCUUUGUCGAGCCACUGGCCACCCGCAGAAAGAAAUCCCUGGCCCAGAACUCAGUCCCCUGGAACGGUUCCUUGGCUCGGUGUUCAUGCGCCGGCAACUUCAGCGUAUCAUACAUCAAGAGGAGAAUCUAACCGCAAUUACCUCUAAUGAGCCGGGGGUGGUGCUCUUCAAGGCAGACAAUCUGCAAUACCAGGUCUUCCUGAACUCGAACCACAUGCAAUCGCUUCACAUGAAGGUUAGCCAGGUACCGAUGGGUCCUUCCAUGGAUGGCAAACCUCCGUAUCAAUGGUCCCCGGAAGAUCUGCAAAUUUUGGAACAAUUCUUCGAUCAGAGAGUGGCUGCUCCCCCUUAUCGACCGGCCGUCGUAACUAGCUUUACCCGAAUGCUUAAUCUACCGUCGCAGGUGAUGAAAGAUUUCAUGCAAAUUAUGCGUUUGGAUCUGAUGCCAGAAUUGGGCCAGGGUAACAAAUGGAAUGUGCAAUUCAUUCUUCGUAUGCCACCGUCGGCCACACCGAUCGUACCUGUGGGCACCACAACCAUUUUGUCCCAUAGGCAGAAGAUUUUAUUCUUCAUUCAGAUCACUCGCGUUCCCUAUCUACCAAACAUGGAGUGGAAGGAUUGCGUGACCAUGUUGCUCCCUAUGGUGUACGAUAUGACCGGUAAUCACACUCAAUUAGCUGAACGACGAGAGCAGGUGACACCUCAAUUGACCAGCGCAGUCAGUGCACAUCUGCGCCGAUUUGCCGAGUGUUACGGGAAUUCUCCGGAAUGUUCCCUGUUCCCAGCGGUACGAGACAUGCUGAUGAAUUUGACUUUACCUAAUGAACCACCAGUUCCAGGACAAAUGCCUAACCAGAUUGUUCCACUUGGUGGAAUGCCACCAGGAGCUGGACCAGGAGGACCAGGAAUGGGUGGACAAAUUGCCCCUUCGCCGGUUGGAGCACACGUUGGCUCCAGUCCGAAUCCGAUGAUGCACUCACCGAUGCAGAUGGGCGCUGGCGGUGGACAGCCAAACUUUGUUGGCGGUAUGGUUAAUGCCGGUGGCGUUCAAACCGGUGGUCCUGGAGGGGCUGGCGGUCCAAAUUAGUUAGCGAUAGUCUAAACAACAGUGUAUUUGUGUAAAAGUUUUGAGGCAAUCAGAAACAUUAUCAUGAUUUGUCGAAAACGUAUAAAAUCAACUUAAAAUAUUUAACAUCAUCAAUGUUUUAUCUGACAGAUUCAAUAAACAUAAUCAAAACAUAAAUAAGAUCAACAUGUCAAUA